AUGAAUUCGAAAGCAAAGCAGCAGUUGAGAGUUCAAGAUAGGAUCAGUGGAUUACCAGAUGAACUUCUUUGGCACAUGCUUUCGUUUCUUGAGACCAAAUAUGCUGUGAGAACCUGUAUUCUGUCUACAAGAUGGAAGAACAUACGGGCAUCUGUUCCUACUAUGGACUUUGACCAGACAAGUUUUCAUGACCCUAAGAAAUUUUGGGCAUUUAUUGAUUAUGUACUUCUCUUCCGUUGCUCAUCAAACAUUAAAAAAUUUCGGCUUUGUCUGAGGGGCAAUGGUGUUGCCCAGUCUCGUUUUGAUGCGUUGAUCAACACUGUCAUUGGGCUCAGUGUUGUUGAACUUGAUCUAUGUGCUGCAUAUCCAUGUCAGUUUAGGAAUUUUGAUUUGCCUAAAAGCCUUGUCAUGUGCAAAACCCUGACGCUAAGAAUACGUUUCACUAAUUAUGGUCAUGAUACUGCUGGCUACAGCUAUUUCAUCAAUUGCCCAAAGCUUGAAAUUCUUGAUUUGGUAGAGGAGGCUUCCUCAACGUAUCAUUGGGCUCAAGCAAAAUCCGUAGUCAAAGCCAGAAUUUAUCUACUUCAGCCUUAUUCAACUGAACAGCCUAGUUUCCAGACUGCGCUUUUGGCAGGAGCAUGCAAUGUUACAGAUUUAUGUCUUUCUGCUCAUUGUUUUGAGGUUGGCUAUCUGCCUGCAUAUGAAAAUUUGAGACAGUUGAAGAUGGUGAUGAUUCAAGAUUGCUUUUGCGGGGACUUGCUUACAGAGUUACUCAAAAGAUCACCUAUCCUGGAGUCUCUUGUCUUAGAACGUGAAGUCAAGGAUUGUCUUCAAAAAGACUCUGAUCACGACAAAGGGUCAGAUGAUGAAGAAGACUCCGAGAGUGAAGAGUGUUGUGAGCAUGAAGAGGGCUGUGAGCACGAAGAAGACUCUGAGCAUGAAGAGGGCUCAGACCACGAAGAUGGGUCAGAGAAUGAACAAAGGUCAGAUCAUGAAGAAGGGUCAGAGCAUCAAUGGAAUCCUCCAGAUUGUGUGCCUAAAUGUUGUUUGUUACACCUGAAGAUUGUCUCCAUAGAGGCAUCCAUGGGAAACGGCAAUGAGUUGGAAGUGGCAAAGUACUUGCUGAAGUAUGGUCAAGUUUUGAAUAAGAUGACCAUAUGUGUGAACCAUCUUAAUGUGAAUGAAAAAGAGAAGAUUUAUAAGGAGAUUUUAAUUGUUCCUAGGGGUUCAAGAACUAGCAUAAUUGAAUUCAUCUAG